CGGAAGCGCUGAGCCUGGCCGAGGCCGCCCCGGGCGCGCGCAGUGAAGAUGGCGGACCCGGCCGAGUGCAACAUCAAAGUCAUGUGUCGCUUCAGGCCGCUCAACGAGUCGGAGGUCGCCCGCGGCGACAAGUACGUCGCCAAGUUCCAGGGGGAGGACACGGUCGUCAUGGCGUCCAAGCCCUACGCAUUUGACCAGGUGUUCCAGUCACACACAUCUCAGGAGCAAGUGUACAACGACUGUGCGAAGAAGAUCGUGAAAGAUGUACUGGAGGGAUACAAUGGAACAAUAUUUGCCUAUGGACAAACGUCCUCGGGGAAGACACAUACGAUGGAGGGUAAACUUCAUGACCCAGAAGGCAUGGGGAUUAUUCCAAGAAUAGUACAAGAUAUUUUUAAUUAUAUUUACUCCAUGGAUGAAAACUUGGAAUUUCAUAUUAAGGUUUCAUAUUUUGAAAUUUAUUUGGAUAAGAUAAGGGACCUAUUGGAUGUUUCAAAGACCAACCUUUCAGUUCAUGAAGAUAAAAACCGAGUCCCCUAUGUAAAGGGGUGCACAGAACGUUUUGUUUGCAGUCCAGAUGAAGUGAUGGAUACCAUAGAUGAGGGAAAGUCCAAUAGACAUGUAGCAGUUACAAAUAUGAAUGAGCACAGCUCUAGAAGUCACAGUAUAUUUCUUAUUAACGUCAAGCAAGAGAACACGCAGACGGAACAAAAGCUGAGUGGAAAACUGUAUCUGGUUGAUUUAGCUGGUAGUGAAAAGGUCAGUAAAACCGGAGCUGAGGGUGCUGUGCUUGAUGAAGCCAAGAACAUCAACAAGUCUCUCUCUGCUCUGGGGAAUGUCAUCUCUGCGCUGGCGGAGGGUAGUAAUUACGUUCCGUACCGAGAUAGUAAAAUGACAAGGAUUCUUCAGGAUUCACUAGGUGGGAACUGUAGGACCACCAUUGUGAUCUGCUGCUCUCCGUCAUCCUACAAUGAAUCUGAAACCAAGUCCACACUGCUGUUUGGCCAAAGGGCCAAAACAAUUAAGAACACAGUUUGUGUCAAUGUAGAGUUAACUGCAGAACAGUGGAAAAAGAAGUAUGAAAGAGAAAAAGAGAAAAACAAAACUUUGCGGAACACCAUUCAGUGGCUUGAAAAUGAACUCAACCGGUGGCGUAAUGGCGAGACUGUGCCGAUCGAUGAACAGUUUGACAAAGAGAAGGCCAACCUGGAGGCUUUUGUGGUGGAUAAGGAUGUGGCCAUCACCAACGAGAAGCUGGCAGCCCCAACAGGGGUCACUGGGAACUUCACGGAUGGCGAGAGAAGAAAGUGUGAAGAGGAAAUGGCUAAACUGUACAAGCAACUUGAUGACAAAGAUGAAGAAAUUAAUCAGCAGAGCCAAUUAGUAGAGAAACUAAAGACUCAAAUGUUGGAUCAGGAAGAGCUUCUAGCAUCUACUAGAAGGGACCAAGAUAACAUGCAAGCUGAGCUGAGUCGCCUUCAGGCCGAAAAUGAUGCCUCGAAAGAAGAGGUCAAAGAAGUGCUACAAGCCUUAGAGGAGCUUGCUGUGAACUAUGACCAGAAGUCUCAGGAGGUUGAGGACAAGACCAAGGAGUACGAGCUGCUCAGUGACGAGCUGAACCAGAAAUCAGCGACUUUAGCAAGCAUAGACACUGAGCUUCAGAAACUGAAGGAAAUGACCAACCACCAGAAAAAGCGGGCAGCUGAAAUGAUGGCAUCUUUACUGAAAGACCUUGCAGAAAUAGGAAUCGCUGUAGGAAAUAACGAUGUCAAGCAGCCUGAGGGAACUGGCAUGAUAGACGAAGAGUUUACUGUGGCGAGGCUGUACAUCAGCAAAAUGAAGUCCGAGGUCAAAACCAUGGUGAAACGCUGCAAGCAGUUAGAGGGUACCCAGACGGAGAGCAACAAGAAAAUGGAAGAGAACGAAAAGGAGCUAGCGGCCUGCCGGCUCCGUGUCUCCCAGCAUGAAGCAAAAAUCAAGUCACUGACUGAGUACCUCCAGAAUGUGGAGCAGAAGAAAAGGCAGAUGGAGGAGUCCGUGGAUUCCCUCAGUGAGGAGCUUGUCCAGCUGCGUGCGCAAGAGAAAGUCCAUGAAAUGGAGAAGGAGCACUUAAACAAGGUCCAGACAGCAAAUGAAGUUAAGGCAACUGUGGAACAGCAGAUCCAGAGCCACAGAGAAACACACCAGAAGCAAAUCAGCAGUUUGAGAGAUGAAGUUGAGGCAAAAGAAAAGCUGAUCACUGAUCUUCAAGAUCAAAACCAGAAGAUGAUGUUAGAGCAGGAGCGUCUGAGAGUAGAACACGAGAAGCUAAAGACUACAGAUCAGGAAAAGAGUAGAAGACUCCAUGAACUUACGGUCAUGCAGGACAGACGGGAGCAAGCGAGGCAGGACUUGAAGGGUCUGGAAGAGACCGUGGCGAAAGAGCUUCAGACUUUACACAACCUGAGGAAGCUUUUUGUCCACGACCUGGCCACUAGAGUUAAGAAGAGCGCCGAGAUUGAUUCUGAUGACACUGGUGGCAGUGCCGCGCAGAAGCAGAAGAUCUCUUUUCUUGAAAAUAAUCUUGAGCAGCUCACUAAAGUGCACAAGCAGUUGGUCCGUGAUAACGCAGACCUCCGCUGUGAGCUUCCCAAGUUGGAGAAGCGCCUGAGAGCCACAGCAGAAAGAGUGAAGGCUCUGGAGUCGGCCCUGAAAGAAGCCAAAGAAAACGCCUCCCGUGACCGCAAGCGCUACCAGCAAGAGGUGGAUCGCAUCAAGGAAGCAGUCAGGUCCAAGAACAUGGCCCGAAGAGGACAUUCUGCCCAGAUCGCCAAGCCCAUUCGUCCAGGACAGCACCCGGCAGCUUCCCCCACCCACCCGGGCGCCAUUCGUGGAGGAGGGGCCCUCGUGCAGAACAGCCAGCCGGUGGCCGUGAGGGGCGGAGGCGGCAAACAAGUGUGAGGUGCUGAAAGGAACGGAAGUGAGAAGAGGACAUACUGUCAUUUAAUGGGAGUGAUGUCAGUAGAAUCCUAACUUUCGUCAACGUAUAGAUCGUACCUGGCCUGUACAGCUAUUUCGUGCCCGCUCUUUAAACUCUGCUGCUCCCAACACAGCUGGAGUGCAGUCUGGGCUCCUUAGAGAAUGACAGCUCGCCACUGUGGCCUAUUUAUUACACAGCUUGUCUCUCGCAGACUGCACCACGUAGGACUGUGCUUUCUGUACUUGUCUGUCUUUGACCUCAUUUAAAUUGCCUAGCUGCUACUGCUUCUUCCUUUUCUUAUUAAAUAUCUUAUUUUAGGAAAAAUGGAACAUUUACUUUAAAUGUAUCAAAUUUUACCACUUAGAACACUACAUACCCACAAAAUAUAUCAGGUCAGUACUGUACUUGACAACCCUUGAAAUGGUUUCAGAGUUAAAAUUAUGUCUGUCACCUCUGAAGUUUGCUUCUGAAAAUGACUUUUGAGCACUGAGACCGUGCAUCUGCCCAACUAGGUGUCGGAGACGCAGCAGGGCCGCUUACCUAGUGUCUCAUAGAUGCCUACUGUUCUCUUGAAUAGAGACAUUUCACAUCAUCAAAGACAAAGAAUCUGCUUAGGACUUUCUAGGAUGAAUUGUAUUUCUCUUACUCCUAUUUCUGUAGUCAGCAUAGCUUGAUGGAAUGAGAACACCCUGCUUCAUUCUGGGGAGCCUGUUUGCUAAGUUAAGGAUUGGACAGCUGUUUCAUCAUCUUAAUUUAGUGAACGGAAUUAGGUACUGUAGCGUUAGGCACGAUUUAUAUUGUUAGUACUACAUUGGCUGAUCUCAGUUUGUAACCUAUAGAAAUUGAGGGAAAUUGUGGAACAGAACAGUUGUGUGAAGAACUCAUAAAUAGGUAAAUUUUGGUCUGAAAUCCCUGAGGUAUUUUUAACUUGCUACGCUGUCACACACUCUAAUUUUGUUGUUGUUUAGUCUAGAAAUAGUAAGUUGUUUGCAAGUCAUUAAUGAUCCUCAAAUCAUUUUCUUGGGUGUAACCUGUAAUUUUAUGAUUAGCACUAAAUGAACAUGUUUGAGACCUACAAAGACAAGAGGGAGAGAUUUCAAGAUUGCUUUACGGGGGGGAACUACCGCAGCUGCUAGACGUCGCAGGGACUCAUUCAGUCAGUGAGAAAUUUGGAAAGUCCUUUGUUGGAAUCUGGCUGGCAGAAGUAACUUUUUCAAAAAGUUUUUUACACAGAUAUUUGUAUUAAAUUCGGAGCCAUAGUCAGAAGACUCAGAUCAUAAUUGGCUUAUUUUUCUAUUUCCUUAACUACUGUAAUUUCCACUUUUAUAAUACUUUUGAUUUAAAAGAAAUUUAUUUAUUUUUUUAACAGUCAAAUUCUUGCUGUCGUAGCCUUUAAAAUUACUGUGUUGCUUUUAGAACUUAUCAAAAGAAACACUCCAAAAAUCGAGGUGGAACAUUGGUGUGGUAAGAUUGAAAUAAUGACAUUAUCUUUUCAAAAUGUGCUGAGAGUAUUUGCGAGGAUGUUUUUCUAAAUGAAGAAAUAUCUGACUGCUUCCAUGUAGAUGUUUGUAUUUUGUUUUCCAAUGAAAACUUGCUGCUUUGGCAAUAUUCGCAAGUGAGGCAGAAUUGUUUUUCCUUUUGUCUGAAUAUAGUAGCUUCAUUCUUAGAAGAUAUUUCACGGGUAUUGGUGCUGUGUAACAAGUUGUAACUAGUGUGUGGCUCAGAAUACAUGAUUGUAGCACUUCUGAAGUAUCUGAAUUGGCUCUUUUCAUAAUCACAAACUUUCACAGAACUCACGAAUGUGUUUCCGUAAAUGGCUCUUGCUGUUGCCGCCAGACCUAGCGCACACUUACCACAGGGAGCUUCUCUGGUCAGCCAGAACGUUGUCACUAACUCCACUCCACAGCGUCGUCUUGCCUGGACGUAUCACCAUUCCUCCGACGGGCAGUGAUGUGGUCCAGAAGACACACUCGGUGAAAUAAAGUCGUGUUUACUCACGGUGGUCAUUACGCCGUCUGCCGAUUUAAGGAGGCUGGCACACUGCGUCCUCACGGGUGGACCUGCGGGCUGGAGGGGAGUCCAGGUCGCCCACGGCAGCACGCUGGUGCGUUUUCAGCUGCAAGACCCGUUUGAUCUGAAACCAACCUGCAUGCUGUCAGUGUCUUUUCCGUUUAAUAAAGAGGAAAGGUUUUUUGAAGUGUAA